GCUUGUAAUACUGAAGAAGGCAGCCAUUUUCAACCUUACUUCCGUAAAGUUGACAAGAGUCGUAACAACUGGCAAACUUUGUCAGAUUAACUUUGGAUUGGCAAUUCUGAUACAGAACUCGUCAAGAAUGCAAGCAAUCAAAUGUGUGGUUGUUGGUGAUGGUGCUGUUGGUAAGACCUGUUUGUUGAUAAGUUAUACCACUAAUGCAUUUCCCGGAGAAUACAUACCAACAGUAUUUGAUAACUAUUCUGCUAAUGUAAUGGUCGAUGGCAAACCCAUUAAUUUAGGAUUGUGGGACACAGCUGGACAAGAAGAUUAUGAUAGGUUAAGGCCUCUAUCUUACCCACAGACUGAUGUUUUCUUGAUUUGCUUCUCGCUGAUAAGCCCUGCCAGUUUUGAGAAUGUGAGAGCAAAGUGGUAUCCUGAAGUUGGCCAUCAUUGUCCAAAUACACCAAUCAUAUUGGUCGGCACGAAACUUGACCUGAGAGAAGACAAGGAAACAGUGGAGAAACUGCGAGAGAAGAAACUGUCUCCAAUUACCUAUCCUCAGGGUCUUGCUAUGGCUAAAGAAAUCACGGCAGUAAAGUAUCUAGAAUGCUCUGCUUUGACGCAGAAAGGGCUCAAAAUGGUUUUUGACGAAGCUAUUCGUGCUGUUUUAUGUCCCAAGCCAAAACCAUGCAAAAGGCACAAAUGCAAGAUUUUUUAAUUUGCAAUUUAAUUACCUUUACCUAUUCCCCCAACUUCCUAAUUACUUUGACACUGUUCAGGUGUGAAGUAUGUUUUCCUUUUUUUUUUUUUGUCAUUUUUAUCUUACCAGCCACUCAUACGUCCUUGACAGUUUUCCAAUCUGUGUAUAAAAUAAUAAAGCAUAAGACAUUCUGGCUUCCAUUCCUACUAUAUAUAAAUAUAUAUAUAUAUAUAUAUGUAUGUAUGUAUGUAUAAAUAUAUAUAUAUAUAUAUACAUAUAUAUAUAUAUAUGUAUGUAUAUAUAUAUAAAUAAAUAAAUAUUAAAAAAAUGUCACUUGAGAAAGUAUUGCCUUGCGGAAAACAUAAAAACCCCCUUAAAAAAAACAAAAAAAUUUUAAAAGUUAACAAAUAAACAAACAAAAAGAGACGAAAUAAAGGAAAAGAAAAGAAGGAAAAAACACAAAACUAAAAAUGUUGAAAAACACAAAGUUUCCGUUUUUCAAGGUGUGAACGAAAACAAGGAAUGAAAAUAUGAAACCACACACCAAAAAAAAGCAUGGGUGGAAAAGUUAAAACAAAAAAAAAUUACUUCCAGGUUCUUUUUAACGAAUUUCUCUCAAGUUUUAUUUGUUGAUGAUAUUUCUUCUCCCCCUCCCUCUCCGUCUCUUGCUCUAAGUAAAUCCUCCCCCUUUCUCUUCUCUGCUUCCUCCCCCUUCCUUGUGUGUGUGUGUGUGCGUGUGCGCGCUAUAUUUGAACUCUGUCAAUUUGGAAAAAUAUAUGCAUAAUUAAUUAUUCAAGACCCCUUCUAAUUAAUGUUUACAAAUGAGGAUGAUACUCUGCUGUCACUAUAAACAUGUACGUACACACACGCACGCACGCACGCACACUACAUUUAUGGCUACUUUGGUUGAAAAUACCUACCAUAAGUGAUUAGGGCCAAAUUUGUGUGUACAAAUAUAUAUGUGUAUGUGUGUGUAUAUAUAUAUGUGUGUGUGUGUAUACACCUAAUGUUUGUCAAAUGUAAAUUAAAUAUGAUUUACAUAUUAUCUGAAUCAAGAUUUUGUUCAAGUCAUUCCUUUAGCUGACUAUGCUUCACAUUAACUGAUUAAGAAAAAUGUUUACUUCUCAAUGUCAGUGAUAAAAACACACACACACACACACAAACAAACAUACAGUUGGCCAAGAUAUUGAUUGUCCAAAGCUUUGUUGAGGAUAAUGUAUAAAAAUGUAAUUUUCUGUUUAAUUUACAUUUGAUAAACAUAGUCACAUACAUACAUGUGUGUGUUUGUGUAUGUAUAUAUGUAUCAGUCUUUACACAGUUCCGUCACAUUAAUCCCGUUUGCAUUUUAUUUGCACCAUAAAAUAGACUAACAAUAUAUAUAUGAUAUUAUAUAUGUAUUAUACAUGUGUGAUGUAUAUUGUGUAUGUAUAACAUAUAAUAUUACAUAUUAUAUAUGUAACUAUUACAUGUAUAUGAUAUAUAUUAUAUAUAUGUACAACAUAUACAUGUGUAGUACAAGGGGGUGCUGAAAUAUUCCUGGCUCUGGGUAUAUGCAGUGGUCUCUCAGUUUUUCUAAGCCCUAUAAAAAGAACUCAAGGUUGGGCCUCCCACCAGGCCUCUGAAGGCUUUGUCCUCUGUAGCCACAGAAGUUGGCCAUCCAGAUGAGGGUUCAUAUAUGACUUCGAAAUGACUGGUC